AUUUUCGGCCUUACUUAUAAAAAUCCACUAAUCAACAGCUAAGCAACUAAUUAACUAAUAACUCAUUAACUCCUUAAUUAUCAAUUAACUAUUUCUUACUUAUAAACACUAUUUACACGUCACUUAACUAAGCAAUGGUUAAAUAACGUUUUUAUUUUAUACGCUGCCAAUACCAAACGUAAAGCUACAUUGUGAUGGUAAAAUUCCUGUUAUCCAAAGAGAAAUUAAAAAAUCAUAACGUCAAAAUUCUAAAUUGUGUCAAAUAUUGUCAAAAGAGUGGUAAUUUCAAAUUUUUUGGUGUUGUAUAAAUAUACAGCGGUGUGGUGUUUUUGUUGUGUUAGUGAUAUAAUGGAAUUGAAAUCCGCUAAGAAAAGGUCCCGAUCUUCAAACUGGGAUGAAGAAGAAAAGGUUAUUGUCAUAUUAAAAUUGUUACUUGUACUGUAUCUAUCUUGUUGCACCAAAAUACCUGUCCAAAUUGUACUAACUCUGAACUUUGUUAUUUUCUUGCAGAGAAUCUUAAGACAACUUAUAAUGGAGAAAAUUGAUAUUAUAGAAAAAAAGACACUACUACAAAUACCAAUGCAAAGAAAAAAGCUGCUUGGCAGGAAAUAUUGUCUAGGUAGCAUUGUUUUAUUUUAAUUCUUUCAUUUCUUUCAUUAUCUCUACUACCAAAGUGGAAAGCACUCAUGUUUAUAAAUGUUAACCUUUUUCAGUUUUAAUAGCCUUAAUAAAACGCCCAGGGAUAUGACACAAAUUGUCACCCAGUGGCGUAAUACAAAAGGCCUAGUUAAAACUAGAGAGUCGGAGUAUCGGCGGGCCAGGCAGAUGACUGGUGGAGGACCUCCACCACCAAGUCCGCCACAAGAAGAUCUCGAACUAAUUCAGUCAUUGCCUAAUGAGUUUGUGAUUGACAGUAAUGUUUUUGAUAGUGAUAGCAUAUUUAUUGAAACAAUAAAACAGUCACAGUCAACAGCAACUGAAAAGAUGAUGUCAGAAUCUGGGUUAGCUCCCACAGAAAUAGCAAUUAUUGUAGAUUCUGAGAAAUCAACUCAGUUAUCUAAUACUCCUGAUGUGGAAGAAAAUCCAAUUUUAUCAACACCACUAGCAGCAACAAAAGUAGAGAAACACACAAUAAAAAGGGAAUUAUAUAAGCCUAAACACAAACCUAAACAAAAUAACAAGAUUGCUGAUAAUUAUGAGGAACAAUUGUUCCUACUCACAAAAAAGUGCAAAGAAAAUAAAGAAAAACGGGAGGAUGAAUUGCAUAAGAAGAGAAUGGCAAUUUUGGACCUAGAACAAAAAUAUUGGGAAAAAAAAUUAAAAAAUGUUUAA